AUGGGCGAGGAAGGCAACAAGUCGGAAGAGGUAUCUAGUAGUGUUUUAAUCUUUGUUGCUUUUCUAUAAAACAUAAAAAUCCUGAAAACUAAAAAUGUUUAUACAUGUAUAAUUUGUAGGUAUUAUUUUCAUGUUCUACCCAUUGUCAUUAUUUUCAGGAACACACUCGACUGACUCAAGGUUUAAAUUUUCUUAUUUCAGCAGACAGGGAGAUGGAAUUUAGAGCGAGAGACAGAACUAAGGUUUGAAGUUCCAGAAGCAAAUGACUCUCAAGGCAAUACUUCAGCAGAAUUAGUUGUAUGUGUAAACUGAUGUUUAGUAUCCACAAAUACAUUUUGUCUCGCUUUGUGGACUAGUUCUAAUCCAUGAUUAUUAAAUAAUUGGGAUAAAACAGACUUUUCUUUGUGCAAACUAGACAUUAAAAAGUCUGUGAAUCACUGUGAUAGGGGCUGGGGGCCAAGUGGGGGUGAAAGCAACCACUGAAAAGUCUUUAACCAGCAUUUGUGGUGUUGUGGCCACCACACUUGCCUUUCAAAUUUUAAGACCCUCUACUCAGGGUCUUAAAAUAAUUGAGGAGAAACUAGAAAGUGCUACAUUUACAUUGACAUCAAUAAAUGGUUAGACUUUCACGUCUUCUAGAAUAAGGAUAGUAAAAUUGUAGGUACCUCGAUCCCCUAUCAACUGGAGAAACUUACUUAAGUGUGACAAAAUCUAUUUGUCAAGAGUCUCUUAAUAAUGUUUUAUUAUUUUGAACUUGUUGUUUUUUAGUUUUUGUCUUUAUUCAGUGUACCUGCAUAUUGUAACCAAGAAACUACUAGUCAUGCAUUGGUGUGGCAGUGCUUGGCUACAUGAUACAGCUGAGGGAAACUUUAAUUUUACUACAUUGUAUUUUAGUUAUUAAAGGGACAAGCAGAAAUAUUUGGCACAGAAUUGGUGUUGCAUAAGAAGUUUCAUUUUAAACCCGGUGAUAAAAUAGCUGUGUUUACAUGGGAUGGCUGCAUUGUUGAGAUAUCCUUUUCAAAACAGUUUUUGCUGCCAGGUGUUGUUUGCAGGGCUGCAAAUUACUGUCAUACAUCGGACAAUGUCCGACUAAAUUUGGCAAAUGUCCGAGCAAAAAUAUAGUUUUGAUCGGACAUUGGUCCGAUCACAAAAAAAAAUUGUCACAUUAUGACAUUUUUUGCUGUGAGAAAAUACGAUGCAAAUUCACUCAAUUUGCAUUUUGCAAUAAAAUUUACAAGGCAUUCUAGCAUUUUAUUUAACGGUAUACAUACUUGUGUCGUGACUUAUAUAUAUCUUGUGACGUAUAUAUGUCCGACCAAAUUUAGUGGUGUUGGUUUUUGUCUGACCAAAUUCAAGUUAUGUCCGACCAAAAUUAAAAAGUGGUUGGACAAAUGUCUUGUCAAGUCAAAUAUUUAUUUGCAGCCCUGUGAUUGACAACUUGACGUGUGUGUGUGUGUGUGUGUGUGCAUGCGUGUGUGCUGUGAUAAUGUUUAGCCGGGUAGCCCAUUCUGCUGGUAAGAGGCUGGUUUAAAAUGGUUGGCAAUCAGUUAAAUAACUGAUUGCCAACCAUUUUAAAUUAAAUGAAACCAGCCUGAUUAAUUUUAUUCCGCACUGACAUUUUGACUGUUUAUAAAGCAUAAAAAACCAGAGAAGGAACACAAAACAUUUUCUUGGCUUUGCUGUGACAAACAACAAGUCACAAGUAAUGAGUCAUGUGAUUAAUGAUGCCCCUAUUGAUGAUGCUGAUUAAUGAUGCCCCUCUUGGAUUACCCUAUUUAAAUAAAAGUUUCUAUCUAUCUUUGUCAGUCGAAUGUAAAUAUUGAAAAGUUGUGCGAUCAUUCUUAACUCUGUGUCCAAGCAACUGCACAGUUAAUAGCCUGCGAGCAGGCUCUCUGGGUGAAAGAGAGCCUGCAAGUAUCCCUAUGAUGAUUGUGUGUCGCCUUUCAAUUAGGAUGUCACAGGUCAAUUAAUAACAACCAAUCAGCGCAGACCGGAAAUACACUUAAAUAUUGUAAACAUAAACCGAUAAACGUUGAACUCCAUUUAUAUUAAUUGUAUUCUUUCGUUAGUUUUGUAUACAGACCGCCACUGGGCAUACUAAAAAAGUUAAAACGGCUUGAGAUUUUACAGUGUAAUAUAUCAAGUUGUACUUUUUAUUACAAUCUGCAUGUGUUUCUGUAGGCACAGUAAGUUUAAAGUUGUAUUAUUACCCACUAACUAAUUCAGUUGUUUGGAAUUGCUUCAUGCUGCAAUAAAUAUAUAUAUAUACUGUAUAUAUAUCCAGUAUAGUAAUAAAUAAAUAUAACUGCAAUAAAUAUAUAUAUCCAGUAUAGUAUAAUAUGAUAUACCAUGGACAUUGGACAUAAUUUAAUAUGUUUAUAGUUCAAAUUUUGCAACAAAAGGUGGAAUUACAGUAUUAAACGUGUAUGUGAUACUGUAAUUAUUGUAAACAAAGUGACGAGUAAAUUACUGUAAAUUUUAACGCCGCAUACUUAUAAAUAUUAAAUAGUCAGUAUAACAUUGUAAAACAAGCUUAAUACAAACAAUUAAUAUGCACUGAAUAUUAUCAGAAUAAUUCUCAAUAUUGUUUCAUGAAAGAGAAGCGAUAUAUAAAUGCCUUGUCCCUAGGUUUCGGUCUGCGAAUUUGUUCAGUCUUUUCUUAGCCUAGAAGUCAGACAAGCCCAGGACACAAUAAAGCAUGCAAGCUUUUAGUAUUCGUCUUUAUAUGAAUACUAUAUUAUUUUACUGUAAAAAGUCAACAAGGAUAUAAAAUACAAGACACUUUUAUCUCUACAUUGCUGCAAUUCCGAAGCUUUGCGUUGGUCGGUUUUACAAACAGGAAGUGUAGUUUAUGGAAGCUUGUCAAUCACUUCAUUUGAAUCAGUUAUCAACCAAUCAGAGCUAAUAUUGGACGCAUGCACGUAAAUAUCAUAGGGAUCCUUGCAGGCUCUCUUUCAUCCAGAGAGCCUGCUCUCAGGCUACAGUUAAGUAGACAUUUGUCAGACCCAAGUGAAAUAAUCUUCACUGCCCAGAGAGGCAUUAUUAGCUAUUCAGACCUCUGAGUUCAGGUUGGCAAUAAUGGCAAAUGUUGACCGGAUUGCCAACUUAUGUCAGGACUGCAAAAAAUUGCAGACUUGCAAUUAUGUAUACUUUGAAGAGCAAAAGAGAGAGAAGAAUCUUUAAUGAAACCCCUAACCUAAAAUCAUUUCACUGCAAUAUCAUAUAAUACCAAAAUGUCAGACAAGAGUGUUGAGAGUUUCUAUAAUUCUUUAAUUGUUGAUGAGUAAAAUAAUCUGGUGUUAGACAUAAUGAAAUAGGGUGCAUUCAGUGCCACAGUGCAUAUUAACGGGUUACGAGACACAUGGCAGUUCGAUUUUACUCCUUUGAGUGCCAGCACUUUCCUGUUGAUGAGUAAAACUGUCUGGCAUGAGGCAGUGAGAGUAAAGUCUGACUCGUUCCCAGACGGGACUGUGGAAGAGUCAGGAGUAAAAUAACAAAAUACAGUCAACUAAGGUGCAAUUUCAUUUAAAGGAUUUAUCUGUUUAAAUAAUGAAGAUUUUCUGUAUAACAAUGCAAUGGCAGUGGCAGACACUAGGGGAGGGGGGGGGGGAGCCCCCUCCUAUAAAUUUGAUAAACUGUAAAAAUCUUGUACCAAAUAACACAAAUCACACUCAUAUAAGUAAUUAUCAUUUAAUACCAAUAAUUAAAACAUUGUAAUUUAAUACCAUUAAUUAAAAAAGUGUUUUGAAAACCACGUUUUUUAUAAAAUGUGUUUUCAGAAUGCUGCAAAUGCCAUUUUCCGGGUCCAAAUUUUAAAAAUUUCCCGGGGGCAUGCCCACGAGCCCCCCAAUAUUUUAUAAAGUGUCCGCCACUGUGCAAUGGUCUUUAGCGCAGUCAGAGCAAGUGCAUUUCACUUCUGAGAAUGUGUGUUUGAUUCUUACCACAGACUCAUGUGAGUCUGUCAACGCUCUGUUGAAAGUUGUGGGUUUCCUCCCACAGGGAAAGUUGACAGCGUGGGUUAGGAUAAACAUAAUUAGGCGGAAAGUGAUAUGAAAGAUAAAUAUAAGCAAUGCAGAAGUAAUGUUUCAAUGAAAAUGAUAUGAUAGCAUACAGUGCUGGCUCCAGAAUUAACCAAAAAUAAAGCCAGCAAGAUUUGCCCAACCUGAAACAAAAACAGGUCAGCAAAUAUAAGUUGUCAACAAAAUGUGCAUUGCCGUGUCGCAAUUCCAAACUAUGAAACUAACAUCAGAUAUAUUAAAAUGAGUUUAGGAAUAAGAUUGAAACAUGUAAAGCCAAGCUCAUUAUACUUUGUCUGCUUUUCUCUUUGGUUUAAUUAUCUUUGUUCAAACUCGUACAGUAGGUUUGCAACUUUCUGUCGUCCUCACAUGACAAUAAAAAGUUAAUAUGAGAAAUCUUUUUGCGCAAUAUUAGAUAAAAAUCUAUUCCUUGACAUUGUUUCAUAUCUCAGGAGUUGUUGAUGGUGCAUAUAUUUCAAGAGAGACACCAAUGUUAAUGUAUCUUAACCUUCAUGCUGCUCUUGAUCAAAUGAGAGAAAAAGCGAAAAAGAACCCUGGUUUGACUGGACCAAGAGUAUGUAUUAGCCUGGGUCCGAAUGUAUGAAAACCAGUUUACGCUAUCCACCAGACAGUGAUCUUAUUAAGCAUUUUGUAAAAUGCCUGAAAGGCUGUGCGAUGCGCACUUGGCCCACAAUAAAUAUCUAAAAACACUUUAAUUAAAUUAAUGCUAACCUACAUGUCUCUUCUUUUGUCACUUUCUCUUCAGAAUCUAUCACUUGUACUCGUACAAAUCAACAAAAAUUAUUUAUACGCAAUCUUUGCAGAACUUCUCUUUUUGUUGACUCUUCGGAUGUCUUCCUUUGGAACAAUCUUCAUGUCCUUCAAUGUACCUCUACAUCCUUUUUCAAACGCAAUCGUCACCCACUAUUCUUCUAAACUUGAAUCGACUUUUGAUGAAAAUUGACUGCGUACGUGGAAGACUUCUUGUUCAAAGUGCCUUACAACCCAAGUUGUUAGUCUUGUGGGUUGUGUUCAUGCACGUUUAGUAUUUGUUGGUUCUUGAAGUUGAUUUGUCGUAUAUUUAAUAAUUAUUCGCCGAAGACGAGGUAAUUAUCGGGGAAUAUUCACCGAGACGACGUCGAAGUGAAUAUUCCCCGAUAAUCACCGAGCCUGAGGCGAAUAAUUGUUUUAGUAUUUUUACACAAGUCUUUUUUGUUUUUGGAACUGAAUUUAUUUUAAUUUCGCCGUGAUUAUAAUUCUUUAUCUGUGAUUUCCAUAAAACGGCUAGUCGCCAUUUUGUAAACUAGUUUUUACUGUUAUAUUCACCUGUGGGUGAAUAAUUCACCUGCAUGUGGGUGAAACAAUUAUUCACCUGUGGGUGAAUAUAAAGAAUAUCACGUGAAAUUUUACCAAUCACUACGUCGGAUUUCUUAUAUUCACAUAAUUCACUUGUGUAAAAGUACUAAAUGUGUUUAGUUAAAAGGUUGACUGUAUAAUUAGUAAAUAUAAAUAGUUGCAUUUUCGCAGCUGUUCCUGGUUAGGUUUAAUAAAUGUAUCUAAAUUUCCACUCGAUAAUUUUCAUCUACAAGAACCUUCAAAAGAAACCUUUAGUCUCGGUUAUACCAAUCAAUAUUUGAAAAUAAAUCAGUACUUGGUGGAUAGCGCGCCGCCCAGCUUUUGGACAACCGGCCCAGGUUUACUUCAUGACUUAUAUUUGAGUUCGUUUUUGCCAGCUUGUGAUAACUAAAUAUACCUUUUUUAAUUAUUUUCCAUUUUGAACAUGUAGAUCAUGAUAACUGGUCCAGGGGAUGUUGGCAAGUCAACUCUGUGCAGAAUACUGUUGAAUUAUGCUGUGAGACUGGGUAGAAGACCAAUUUAUUGUGAUCUCGAUGUUGGACAGGUUUGUAAAUACACGCAGCUGUGAAUUUUGAAUCGACUCUGUGGUUCACAUAGGGGAGAUGUCAUGUAUAUUAACAAAUAUUGACGAGAGGCUCGUUGUAUGAAGGUCUGGUGCAUGCGCCUCACAUUUAAUAAAACGAAACUUUAACUUAUAAAUACUAAAGUUUAAUCCGGGUUAUACCAAUCAACGGAUAAUUUAGAAAGGUUGAAAAGAUCAUUAUCCGGUGGAUAGCGUUAUCUACUGUAGUUUUCGCACAACCGACCCCAUGAGUUCUAAUAUGGUUGCAGGAAAUGAAUAUCCUUCUUGAACAUUUUACUGCUUGCUGAAUUCAGAUCUUUGUUGUACAUAAAACUUAUAAUUUACAUUUUCACUUUUUAUUUUAGGGAUCCGUUUCAAUUCCAGGAUCAACAGGUAGUGUCUAUUUCACUGUAUCAUGA